CUACAAUCUCUCCUCUCUCUUUCCUCUCUGUUGCAGCAAUGUCGAAGAGCGGCGCUAGAAACUGCUUAGGAUCAAUGGAAGACAUCCGAGCAGUAUUCCAACGGUUCGACAAAAACGGAGACGGAAAAAUCUCAAUCGACGAGCUCAAAGACGUGAUCGGAGCUCUCAGUCCCAAUGCAUCGCCGGAAGAGACGACGCUGAUGAUGAAAGAGUUCGAUCUCGACGGUAACGGAUACAUCGACAUGGACGAGUUCGUCGCUCUCUUCCAGAUCGAAGACGGCGGCGGCGAUAUUCAAAAUCUCAAGGAGGCGUUUGAUCUGUACGAUUUGGACGGUAACGGACGGAUCUCCGUGAACGAGCUUCACUCGGUGAUGAAGAAUCUCGGCGAGAAGUGUUCGCUUGAGGAAUGUAAGAGGAUCAUUAGCAAAGUUGAUGCUGACGGUGACGGUUGUGUUAACUUUGAGGAGUUUAAGAAGAUGAUGAUGAACGGUCGAGCUUGAUUUAACGGCGAGGAAUCGUUUCUUUGUUUUUGUAUAUAGAUGCGAUUUUAGGUUUUAUCGAUUAAACUGGAUUAAUCUUUUUUUUUUUCCUUUGCUUUUUUUAGUUAUGGAUUAAUUAAGGUGUAGGGAUUUUAAUUUCUUAAUUGAAAGGUUUAAUCGAUUUUUUUAAUAAUUAUUUAGUAAUGUGGUUUUUAAUUAUAAAGAUGGUUUGAUCAUGUGCAUCUUGUGUUGUGUGGAUCGGUUAAAGAUACAGUUAUAUACUUCACGAUCCCAUGUGAUCUUGUUAACUAUUUCUCCG